ACCGGUCGGCAGAAAGCUUCCCAUUGUAGACUUUCUCAUAUUGGUAUACUACUGCAAAAGGUCUCAGAUGCUGAUCGCUAGCUUGGGUCUCACAAACUGUCGCUACAAAUACAGUCUUGCUUUACGGCCUGUUAAAGCAUCCAGCCGAUAAGAUGGAAGACCGAUAUUCUUCUUCUAGUAGUAACCGCGACGAUAGUCACUCCGAAGACGACAACCAGGAUAAGCCAUUCUCUAAGCUUUGUGCGCCAUGCAUCGAGCUUUUCUCGGGAUGGCUCCAUCCUGGUGGGGAAGAAGAGCCGACAAACAGGGUAGGUUCGAAGCAUUUGAAAAUACAUUCGUCAAUAAACGCACUCCGAGAAUGCAGCUCGAGGACAUGCAGACUCUGCCGUAGUCUCCUUUUCCGGAUACCAUUAGGGAGUCUCACGUCGGAUGAUAGAUAUCGAGAUGUGCCCUACGAAGCUACAUUAAGCUAUAGCCUUGGUUCCAAUUCCUUCGGACCAGUCAUAGAGAUUAGUCUACGGAGUUCUGAUUCGCGUUCCCGGUCCAGCAUAACUCUGAAUAGUCUUGUUGUUCACGAUGGCAUUGAGCUUGACAAGAAGGUAUUGCUACAAGCGCCAAGGCUUCGACUCGAGCCAGCUUUUUCUCCUUCCACGCGACGCAGGGUUCAACAAUGGCUAGACCACUGCUGCAAUCAACACAGUAUCUGUAAACUGGAGCAUGAUGAUUCAUGGCUACCCUCACGACUUAUCGAGAUUGGCGAUGGGGGGCAAUCCGCUCGUCUGGUGGAGACUUCUGAAUUGGAUCGGCCUCUACGCUACACAACCCUGAGCCACUGCUGGGGCUCACGGCGCACCACGACACUUUUAGAACACAAUCUAGAUGAGUUCAAAGAAGGCAUCAAGAGUAUCCCGAAAACAUAUCUUGAUGCAAUGUUUGUCACACACGAUAUGGGCGUGCGAUACAUCUGGAUCGACUCUCUAUGCAUCAUGCAAGACUCUAGUCGCGAUUGGCAUCGCGAAUGCAAGGAGAUGUCCAAAAUCUACAAGUACGGCUAUUGCAAUAUUGUUGCAAUGAUGGCACAUAACAGCCAUGGUGGCUGUAACCUGACGAGUCAGUUCAUCUCUACGCCUGACCUUGUUCUCCGUAGUCAAUGGCACAACGCAGAGAACAAAGUUUGGGGGAUUGACCAGCAGACAGAACUCCAGAAACAGAAUCCUAAUGCCACUAUAAAGGAAAGUCCAGCACAUCGUCGAGCGUGGAUUUUCCAAGAGAGACAUAUGUCACCACGAAACAUCCACUUGGGGAUGCGUGCGAUUUUUUGCGAAUGCAGGGAAUUCAUUGAGGUUAUCGAUUUCCCAAACAUUCUGUACUCGGAGAAGAAAGACCUACGUUGGAGUCUGUUCCAUGAUCCCACCAGUGGAACAAUUCCAUCUUCUGAACAUUUGCUCCGAACGUGGGAUGAUUUGGUCUCGACGUAUACGCGCCUGGCGCUUACCUUUCCGGCCGACAGGCUCGCUGCGAUAUCUGCCCUGGCUAGGCAGAUCCAACCAUCUCUGCGGCGAGCAACCCUUCGAGACUGUGACUACCUAGCAGGAAUUUGGAGUCACGAUCUCGUGCCUCAACUACUGUGGAAAGCUGGAAAUCCAUCCACAACGAAAAGAAUACCCGACGGUGGGCCCUCAUGGUCAUGGAUCAGCCUUGACGGCCCCGUAGAUCCUCGAUGGGGCGAAGGAGAGGUCAAAUUAACUCCAGUUGAGAUUAAGUCCUGGAGCUUUGCAGGACAAGAUCCAUUCAUUCGUGUCACUGGUGGCGAGUUCAAGAUGAAAGGUUUUGUCUUCACGACUGCGCCCGGCUUGAAGUUCGUAGAAACAACCGAGGGGUCGCGCUUCCUCUUUCAAACGGACAGGCACACAACUGAUAAGGUGGGGUUACUCGCACCUCUCCUGAUUUCAGAACAGUCCACGCUUUCACUGACGGUGGAGGGUCUGAUUUUGGAGCGUAAAUGUGCACCAGGACUGCAGUUCGAAAGAGUGGGAAUUUUCACGCUAUCACACUACAGCCACAUCCUAAGAAGUGGAUUCGAGAUUGGAAGUCAAGAUCAUAUAUUUUGGGGCUUGAAAGCUGAAGGGUCGUUCAAGGCUGUUUCCACAUUGGAUGGGUUUUCGGAAGACGAAGCAUUGCGUGCUACAGACGGAACACUGGAUUAUCUCCUCGUUUGAUCUUACUGAGCCUUCUGUGGUUAUUUGAUAUAUGUAAUCCAUUCUUUACAUCUUCACUCCCACGUUCGUCGUUCUGGCAAAAUCUUUCUACGUCUGCGAGCUUCAUUCACGGAAGGGCAUUUUGUGAGUGGUGACUUCGUGAUAUUGUCAAAUCUUGGUAGCCGAUCCACUACAGGAUAGUUGCAGACGUCACAACUCCAACUCUCCAUCAUUAACAUCCCUUUUCUUCGUACAGACCAACCCUCCGUAAUCUUGCCAGGUCAGCUCAAUUCCAAGUGCGGCUUUGUACGCCAAUUCCUUGUUGGAAAUUUUUCUUUUUUUCGACGUCGGCAAAGGCUUAGACUUCGAAUCCGGGGUUGAGGUUGGGUUGCUUAGAUCAGACGGUGGACGGGUGUUAGGUUUUGGUAAUGU